GGAAGAAAGAAACAUUUGCCAACCAGGCCAGUGACAGAAAUGGAUUCGAAACAUCAGUGUGUGAAGCUGAAUGAUGGCCACUUCAUGCCCGUCCUGGGAUUUGGCACCUAUGCGCCUGUAGAGGUUCCUAAAGAUAAAGCUCUAGAGGCCACCAAACUGGCGAUAGAAGUUGGGUUCCGUCAUGUUGAUUGUGCAUAUGCUUACAAUAAUGAGGAGUACGUUGGACUGGCCAUCCGAAGCAAGAUUGCAGAUGGCACUGUGAAGAGAGAAGACAUAUUCUACACUUCAAAGCUUUGGUGCAAUUCCCAUCGACCAGAGUUGGUCCGACCAGCCUUGGAAAGGUCACUGAAAAAUCUUCAAUUGGACUAUGUUGACCUCUAUCUUAUUCAUUCUCCAGUGUCUCUAAAGCCAGGUGAGGAACUGAUCCCCAAAGAUGAAAAUGGGAAAGUACUAUUUGACACAGUGGAUCUCUGUGCUACGUGGGAGGCCAUGGAGAAAUGUAAAGAUGCAGGAUUGGCCAAGUCCAUCGGGGUGUCCAACUUCAAUCGCAGGCAGCUGGAAAUGAUCCUUAAUAAGCCAGGGCUCAAGUACAAACCUGUCUGCAACCAGGUGGAAUGUCAUCCUUACUUCAACCAGAGAAAACUGCUGGAUUUCUGCAAGUCAAAAGACAUUGUUCUGGUGGCCUUUAGUGCUCUGGGGUCCCAUCGAGAAAAACAAUGGGUGGACCAGAACUCCCCGGUUCUCUUGGAGGACCCAGUCCUUUGUGCCUUGGCAAAAAAGCACAAGCAAACCCCAGCCCUGAUUGCCCUGCGCUACCAGCUGCAGCGUGGGGUUGUGGUCCUGGCCAAGAGCUACACUGAGCAGCGGAUCAGAGAGAACAUGAAGGUGUUUGAAUUCCAGUUGACUUCAGAGGACAUGAAAGCCAUAGAUGGCCUAGACAGAAAUAUACGAUAUUUGACCCUUGAUAUUUUAGCUGACUCGCCUAAUUAUCCAUAUUCCGAUGAAUAUUAACAUGGAGGGCGUUGCAUGAGGUCUACCAGAAGGCCCUAUGUGUGGUUGGUGACACAGAAGAUUUCUCUAUGCUGGUGACUGGACACGUCACCUCUGGUUAAAUCUCUCCUGCUUGGCCACUUCAGCAAGCUACAGCUAAGCGCAUCAGCCAGAAAAGAAAGACAAUAUAUAUAUUUUUUUCAUUUUGAAAAAAUUAAAUGCUCUCUCCUAAAGAUUCUUCACCUACUUUGGUCUCCAUUACUUCUAUGUUUUCUUUCCUUCUGAUACACUAAUGCCCCAAAAUUGUGAUUUGCCUAUACGUUUAGGGCCGGGGUUGGAAGAUGAUAUCAACCAUUUAAGAUUCAUUUGUGCAGUGGGAGUGGAUGGAGGUUCAACCUCUGGGAAAGGGGCAGGUGACAGGUAUUUAGCCGUCAGUGCUUCUCUAGGUCUUGUUGGAAGAAGCACAUGCAGCAUGGAGUGUAGAGGGUGAGUGAUAUUGACCAGCAACUCAUGGGCUCCUUCCAGCAGUGUGAGGGUCAGAGUUUCUGGAGCUUGGGAGGAGGCAUCCCUGUGAGAGGGGGCGUUAGGGAGAUGGAAGGACACCCACCAGGAAAAGUGAUUAGAAGUCAGGUAUGAGGAGGUUAAAUAGGAGAGAGUCGAGUACAUCUAUGGUUGGAAAAACAUAUCAUCACCCUUUUUUUUUUUUUUUUCUGAUCAUUAUAUCUUGUUCAUCAAAAGAAACUUUCCACGAGGUUUUAACAAACCCCAUAGCUGUGAGUCAGGCGUGAAUCUUUGAUGUGUGCCCAGUCACAGUGUUGACCCUAUUGGUCUGUGGUGGGGCAGGACAUCAAAGACAUCAUUGACUAAUCACAUUCCCCUGACUACCUCAUAUUUAUAAAAUAUUCUUAGAUUGUAAAAAUGUACAGUUCAUUUUUUAUAUUCAAUCUUUUAAAUGUUUUAUACUUUAAACAAGGCAUGGUUUCAAGUAAAAACCAAAAAUAUUCCAAAACCAUUAUGCAUUGCACUCAAGAUUAAAAUGGGAAAUAAUACAUACAAUAAAUCAAGUGUUCCAAGAGUUCAAACUUCUUUUGGAAACUGGGUAUGUAAAACAGCACACUGUUUUCAAACUUUGGUAAAUUGUAAGAACAACUCUUACAAAGGCAUUUCAUUCUUAUACAUAAUUUUCAGGGGAACUAAGUAAAUCAGCUAAUCAUGAAGACAUGAUUUUCAUUUUAGACAACACUUUUGUAAACUUGGGAUGAUCUCAUGUCUUAAUGAUCAAAGCAUUUAGAGAAGGACAGUGGUUUUUAACCAAGGGAACACUUUCUAAUAUUUACUCUCCACUAUUCUUACUCUGGUAGCCAUGUUAAUCCUGUCAGAGAUUCCUUCUCAAGCCAUGUCUCAGAGCUGAUAGGCAUCCCAACAAGUAUUGCAGCUCACAAUUUUUCUGUAAAUUAUUUAUUCUAUAAAACUGGAGGAAGCCAUAAACUUUGGAAGACCCUAGACCAAUUUUUUGGAUUAUUUUUUGUCUACUAUCAUUCCGUUGAUGAUCUUAGAUAUUCUCUGCAUUAAAUAUCACCUCUAGGCUGAGAAAUCCCCUCAAAAAUAUUUCUAGCUCAGAUUUUUCCUCCAAAUCUUCAAUGCAAGAUCACAAUGUGAACUCUGCAUUUCCACAGUAAUGUCUAAUGGACAUACACACUUAGCAUGUCUCCAGGAAACCUCAUGUAAACCACGGCCAUCCUGUUCUACCUUAACUUUCUGAGUCUAAGGAAUGAUAAUUUCACAUCUCAUAAACUUGAUUGAUGUCAUUGUCAAGAUAAGAUUGCCAUUUUGUUAAAACUUAGUAGUCAAGUGUGUAAGGCUUAAGCAAACUUUCAUAUUUCAAAUCCGUUUUGCACGUGUAACUCUGUUUUCAAGAUGUGAAAUAAUCAUUAGGUCAGUCAUUUGUAAAUACUAAAGCUGCUAUGGGCUUUUUCCAGUUCUUUACUAUCCAUUUUUAUAAAACUCUUAUUGUUAAAAAACAAAGUUACUCAGAAUCUCAUAAAGUCAGGCACCUGAUUUCAGGAACACUUGCUAUGAAAGAAAAUUUUACAGGGACCUCCACUCACUAAUUUUACUACUUUUUCUCUCAAAGAAAUGCUGAAGGGAAGAAUUCAGGUUGAAGGAAAGGAAAUGGUAACUUACAGCCUUGUAGCGUUAUAAAGACUUCUUGUAAAUGUGAAUAUAUGGUAAAAUAUAAAAACAUGCAUUUCUGAAA